GUCUUACUUAGAGUGAAAAUCUAUCUAGAGCAACAUGGAACAAAUACAACUUUUACUUUCUUUGUUCGAGCGAUCUGUUGUUAAAUCGUUUCUAGAGUCGCACUAUGGAUUCCACUCAUGAUAACCUCUUUCGGUCUGCUCCUCCUUCGGAUGCGGCGUACAUCUUCAGGGACGAGGGCUACAAGACGCUUGAGGAUACGCCAGCCACAAGUGACAGCAUUUUACACCGUGCAAUACUAUCGAAUGAACCCGACCAAAUCAGCGAGGAGUCCUUCAGAUGGUUCACCGUCGCCCCAGCGCAUCGGAAAUACACACCUCCCGGCCAGAUCGAAACGCCAACGUUCAGCUUUCUCUGCUCGACGAAGCUCGAAAGAGCCGUCGUAAUCGUGUCCGUAGCGUACAACUACUUUCCCGAGAAACGCAGCAACACUGAGAAGAUUUACAUGUCACGCAUUCUCAGUGAUGCCGUGCUCGCUGCCAAUGCGCAAGUGAAGACUAUCGGCCAAAUCGUCUUCGUGCAGAUUGGGAGUUUAAACGUUCGCAAGGAGCUAGACAUGCUUUUUUUCAGAUAUGGGGAGAAUUACGUCGAUACCACAGAACCGGCGAGUAUCGAUAUCGUCAUGAACACACAGUUGUGCAAAGGUCUGGUCAGGGCCAUGCACGAAGAUGAUCCUCCCAGUCUGUGGAUAGAGAAAGAGAUAGUCAGGAUUAGAGCAAGUCGAAAACUUACUCAUUACUUAAUAAUUGACUUGGAUUAGAGUCGGGUAUUAUAGAGUAGGUGUGGUAUAUCCAGUUCAGCAGUCUGAGGCAUUUGGAAAAAAGGCCUCAAUAUAGCUAGCACUGGUUGUCUAGUUCGCUCCACCAUCCAGAUGGAUGUAUGUUACCAAACUGAAUACAUGCGUCAUGUACAGCUCG